ACAUGCAAAAGGUGUCUCCUUUAUUGGAUCUACUUAGAUGCUUCAAGCAUUUGGGCUUGGUCGACCAUGACGAAACUUUUGGCUUUAUCCAUACAUUCAUUUCUAUUCUUUAAAUGUAAUCUCGUAUGCCACGGCCUUCUCCAUUAGCUUAGCCGCCUAUAUUGCGCUGGGUUUCCCGCUGUAGCUGUCAAGUCAGCCAAAGCCGUUUUAGCUGGGGGAUUCGUCUACCUUCCUGUCGCAAUGAUGGGCUUCUUCACGAGCCUCGCCAGCAUUGCGGCGCCGGUAUUCCUAAUCGUGUCGCCGGUAUUGUCCUAUGCCGAUCAAGCCAUUUCGAUGCAUCGAACAAAAUCAAGUACCGGCUUCUCUCUCGACAUUCCGCUUAUCAUGCUAGUCGCGUCUAUGUUUAGAAUAUUCUACUAUCCUGGAGCGAAAUAUGAUUUUGCCCUGCUUAUUCAGUCCUUUUGCAACAUAUUCAUGCAGCUUAUUCUCCUGAAGAUUGCGCUGGAUCACCGACCUGCCAGGGGUGGUGAAGCUGCGAUUCCUUUCGCUGGACCACACGACGGCAUCCUGGGCAUCCGGCGACCCUAUAAUUUCUGGCAAUGGCGCUCUCCAAAGCCCUAUUGGCAAUUCUUGCUGUACAUAUUCGUCACUCUUACGGCACUCGAACUCCUAAUCGCGCCAUUCCAUUCGAUAUACCCUACCUACUCCUCACUGAUCGGAUAUAUUGGACUAUCAGUCGAGGCGACUCUACCACUCCCACAACUUUACGCCAAUGCACAGUCCAAUUCAUGCAAAGGCUUCCGCUUCUCGGUCUUGGCUAGCUGGAUAAUAGGUGACUCUAUGAAAAUGUUUUGGUUCUUCACAGCAACGACAGAGAUUCCUUUGGCUUUCAAGCUUUGCGGCAUCUUCCAGGCUGUCUGUGAUGCGUUAAUUGGUGUGCAGUAUUUUGUAUAUGGGAAUGGGGACCCAUCGGUAAAGGCACUGCAACAGGAUUGGGAACUCACAGGCAAGUCGUCUUCAUCCAAUGGAUGGCAAACAUCUAUCGGCAGGCGAACGCCAAUGGCGGAGAAAACAUAUCAAUGAAUAAAAAGCUCAUUAUCUGAUGCUCAUUUGCACGCAAUUGUCUCUGUAAGCUGUACAUCAUGACAGCACCAAAAUAACUCAAUUUGAAAUUGGGCAAUGAGGCUCUUAUUGUAAUCCUGGCUCCUUUGAAACUCCGUCUAUAUUACGUCACACCUAAAGUUGGCGAGGCUGGUCUGCUCAAAGAGACUACGGUACCUGAUCUACUGUAUGCGCGUACAGACUACUCUUGG